GUAAAGAGAGGGUGGAGAAAUCGCAUAUCCGACGCCAAAACAUUUAUCACAAGACAAUAAUAAUAGUAAUAGUUAAUCUAGAUCUACGGAUUAUUAACUUGUUAUCGCCAUCUUCACAACUAUUCUGGGCUGUUCUGGCGCUGUCAAAAUUAACCUCGGCACCAGGCGGGUGGGAUAGCCUCAACUUCCUCCGCCGCCGCCGUCGCCGCCCGCCCCCAGCGCAACAUCAUAAACUCUUGUUGCUCCCAUUCCUCAACUCUCCUCCCCCCACUCCCACCACUCCUCGCUGCUGCCACGGUGUUGCUGAUCCAACAACUUUCCACUUCUCUCAAUUGUCCUAUGAGUGGCCGCUGCGCCUUAUCUAUUCUCCCGUGUUACACCUACUUACUACCUGCUCUCUUAUCCCGGCUCUCGUCCCUCUCACAAGGUCUAGCUAGACCUUGCUAGUUGCCUCUGCUCAUUCAGUUAGCUGUUAUAGUCAACAAGGACGCCUUUCUCCGCAUUUUUAGUGCGAUAACUAUCUAAACGCUCCUUCAUACUCUAGAAGAAAUCCAUCGAGCUUCUGCCAUCAUGGGUACCAACCCGUCGAGAUCAACAAACCUGGCUUUGCUGCCGUUAGCCAGAGAUUCUGUCCUACUGCCCGGUGUCACCCUCCGUAUUCCGCUGUCAGACCGUCCUGAUAUCCCCCUGCUCCUUACCUCUCUCUUCAGCAAAAGCUCGUCGAAGACUGGAAAUGCCACUCUUGUUGGCUGUGUUCCUCUCAAUUCGCCCUUCCUGAGCAAGGAUGGCAAGCAGCUGUUGGAAAAUGUGGACAGAGCGAGCACACGAUCAACAGCUUCUAAAACAAUCGAUCCAGCUAAGGCGUCCAGGCACGAUCUCUUCGGCUAUGGCACAGUAGCUAAGGUAGCCGGCGUCCAGGGAAGACCAAACAGUGAGCCAUAUCUACUUGUGGAAGGCUUGAGAAGGUUUUCGAUUCGCAAAGUUACCAAGGAGACACCCUUCUUUGAGGCGGAUAUCACGAUGCAUGAUGAAAUCGUCGCCCUUGCCACCGACAUCGAAAUCGUAACACUCUUCGACCAGGUCAAACGGCUGUCAAGAGAGCUUUUAGCUUUCCUCAGGCUCACGUCCUUCUUUUCCCACCAAGCCAACGGCAUAUCACCUCUGAUUGCUCGACGGUUCGAACUUUUUAUUGCCAAAAAGAAUAUUUCGCAAGCAGGAACACUCGCUGAUUUUAUGACGGAUGUUGUGGAAACUACAUUCGAAGAAAAGCUACAGGUUCUGGCUUCGGUUGACCUGAAGACUAGGCUAGAAAAGGUCGUUGAGCUUUUGUCAAGACAAGUUCAAGGCAUGAGAAAUAAUAUCAAGGUGACUUCCAUCACCACAUCGAGUAAUCCUUCGAAUUUUGGCGUUGAUAUCAAUCAGUUGGACCCGCGGCAAAGAGAACUCCUCUCCAGGCGCUCUAUGACGGGAAUGAACGGGUUUCCACCUGGGAUUAACGGAGGCAUGGGGGAUGGUGGUGAAGAAAAAGAACCGAAUGAAAUAGAUGAACUCCAGCAGAAGCUUCAAGAUGCCAAGCUAAGCCCGGAAGCCCAGAAGGUAGCAGAUCGAGAACUCAAACGGCUCCGUAAGAUGAAUCCUGCCAAUGCUGAAUAUGGCGUCUGCCGAACCUACUUGGAGAAUCUGGCUGAGAUCCCUUGGACUAAGGUCACUGAGGACCAAUUGGGUAUCGAAACACUCCAGAGAGCCCGGAAACAGCUGGACGAUGAUCACUAUGGUCUGGAAAAAAUUAAAAAGCGCCUACUGGAAUACUUGGCAGUUCUUAAGUUAAAGCAAACUCUCAACAACGACGUUGACAAUCAAAUUUCGAAGCUCUCAACGGAUUUGGACGUUUCUGAGAGCCGCAGCGAGGAUGAAGCCGAAUCUAAAUCUGAUUUUGACCGGGACGCUAUAGAAACUAAGUUACAGCUUCUCAAAUCAAAGCGUAUGGCAGAUAAAUCUCCAAUUAUGCUCCUGGUUGGCCCUCCUGGUACCGGAAAGACCAGCCUGGCCAAGUCAGUUGCCACGGCACUUGGCCGCAAAUUCCAUCGUAUUUCUCUUGGAGGUGUGAGGGAUGAGGCUGAGAUUCGUGGACACCGGAGGACCUAUGUCGCUGCCAUGCCUGGGCUGAUCGUGAAUGGGCUAAAGAAAGUGGGUGUCGCCAACCCAGUUUUCUUGCUUGAUGAGAUUGACAAAGUGGGCGGUUCCAAUUUCCACGGCGAUCCAUCAGCUGCCAUGUUGGAAGUCCUUGACCCAGAGCAGAACCAUAGCUUCACAGAUCACUACAUCAACAUUCCCAUCGAUCUGAGUAAGGUAUUGUUCAUCGCAACCGCGAACUCUUUAGAUACCAUUCCUCCGCCCCUCCUAGAUCGUAUGGAAACGAUCCAACUCUCCGGUUACACAACCAUUGAGAAAAAGCAUAUUGCCUCCCGCCAUCUCGUGCCCAAACAGAUCCGCACGAACGGCCUCUCGGACGGCCAAGUUCUCCUCUCAGACGAAGUCCUCGAGAAAGUCAUCACAGCCUACACCCGCGAGUCCGGCGUCCGCAAUCUGGAACGCGAAAUUGGCUCCGUCUGCCGUUACAAAGCCGUCCAAUACGCCGACGCGAAGGACGCUUCCAAAGAAGACACAUACAACCCGCAUGUCUCCAUCGAAGACCUCGACGAGAUCCUCGGCAUCGAACGCUUCGACGAAGAAAUCGCAGAAAAACACGCGCGGCCGGGCAUCGUGACGGGUCUCGUCGCCUACUCCACCGGCGGCCAGGGUAGCAUCCUCUUUAUUGAAGUGGCUGACAUGCCCGGCAGCGGCAGUGUGCAGCUUACCGGCAAGCUGGGUGAUGUGUUGAAAGAAUCCGUCGAGGUAGCACUUACCUGGGUCAAAGCGCACUCGUUCGACUUAGGAUUGACCCACGACCCUAACGAGGACAUCAUGAAACAUCGCAGCUUGCAUGUGCACUGCCCAUCCGGAGCGAUCCCGAAGGAUGGACCUUCGGCCGGCCUCGCACAUACCAUCGCCUUGAUCUCUCUAUUCUCUGGCAAGACGGUGCCACCAGACGUCGCCAUGACGGGUGAGAUAUCUCUUCGUGGCCGCGUGAUGCCUGUUGGUGGCAUUAAAGAGAAGCUCAUCGGCGCGCACCGUGCGGGCGUGAAGACGGUGUUGCUCCCUGAACAUAAUCGCAAGGAUGUACGAGAAGUGCCUGCUGAGGUUAAGAAUAGUUUGGAGAUUGUGCAUGUCAAGCACAUCUGGGAAGCAAUCCGGCACAUUUGGCCGCAUGCGCACUGGCCAGGCGAACACACGCCGAUGCUUGAGAGCAGAUUAUAAUUCCUCAUUUUCUGACCCUGCGGUUUUACCGUGUGUCAGUCCUUCGUCAAUGAAAGAAAGUAUCCCACUGAGCAAGAUUGCAUAAUUAGCGAACGGUGUUUGAUCUUUUAUUUAUUGGUUCUUUAUUGUUGUUCUUUCCUUUGUCAUCCCAAUUUGUAUUCUUCCAUACCCGUUUUUGUCUUUUCUUUCUAUAUUCCUACGGUACAAACAUAAUAAGCAUUGAUUUUUGUAGUGCAACACCCUACUCCUCUCCAAUCCCGCGCCUAUUUCGGGCUGGUUUUCAAGUUAAUUAACACCUGCGCGUUGCGUCAUUCCCAUAUCUCGUUGAGAGAACGAGGAACCCUUUUAGUGACCACUAUCCUAGUUGUUAGUUUUUUUUUUUUUUUUUUUUUUUUUUUAUUGUUGUAUGUAUAAGUGUUUCUCCAAGUAUGUAAGUGAUCAAUCAAUGAAAGGGGUAUUUUGGAAAACUGCUAUGGAAGAAACGUUUCUGUAAUGAUUCUCCUGGUUAGCUUCUGAGGGUUUGGGGAGAAAGCGCGUGCCAGGGCCUCUAUAUUCAGAGUUUUACGUCCUACAAACUUUCUGAAAUUCCCCAUAACAGAAACAUGUCUAUUUUUAUAUCACACUAAAUAGAAAAUACAUAACUGAAACCCAUUUGCGGGUUUCCUCCUUUCUAUUCUCGUUUCAUAUCUAAACGAGGGAGAGACUUACACCUCGAACGUCUUCAACCCACGUGAAAGGAUCUCUAAAAACAACAAAAA